UCCACUCGCUCUGCAGCUCCCAGAGGUGGCGGUUGUGCUAUGAAGGCAGACCUUGCCAAGCUGGCCGACAAGAUGCUGCGCACCCCCAAGUGCUCGCGGUGCCGGAACCAUGGCUUCCUUGUGCCCGUCAAGGGGCACGCGGGCAAGUGCCGCUGGAAGCAGUGCACCUGCGAGAAGUGCUACCUGAUCACCGAACGCCAGAAGAUCAUGGCCGCGCAGAAGGUGCUCAAAAAGCAGGCCUCCGAGGAGGAGCAGGAGAGGCCCGAGCUGGCCUCCGGGGCCGCGGCCGCCGCCCCCGGCGCAAGCCUCCGCCCGCUCGGGGCGGAGGCCGCAGGCAGGGGCUACCCCGGCCGCACGGAGCUGCGCAGGCCGCUCCGACCCGUGCCCAGCCCGCCCUUCGCCAACUUCGGGCGCUCUCUGAGCAUCAACUCGGAUUGUGUGGUGGGAUCUGAGUACCUGGCGAGAGAGCCUGCCAAGCUGUACCCCAGCUGCUCCAGCGUGCACUCGUACCGCCCGUUCCCACUGGGCUUCCAGGACGCCACCCCAGCCCCAGGGAUCCCCCUGCAGCAGGGCUUCCGGCAUGUGUCCUGCAGCCACUACCAUGGAGGGGGCUUGGUGUCGGAGCCAGUGGGAGACUUCCAGCCAAGCUACUACCCGCCACCUCCGCUGCCCCCCCUGCCCCCACUGCCGCAGCCCCAGGUCCUCCCACCGGGCUUCCUCUCUGCCCUCCACUUCCUCCCCCCACUGCCACCGCCGCCGCCACUGCCAUCUUUCUCACUGACUGUCCUGUCUGAUAUGAACAGGGAGACCACUGAUGACCCAGAUGCGGAGGUGCCGGGCGAGCCCAGCCAGCCAUCGUCUCAGGAGCAGUCCGACUAG